GUGAAAACAUUUAGGCAGAAUUUUAACUAGAGGUUGGGUGUGAAUCAACAGCAAACGCAUUCUAUAUUGAUACUCAAUAAACAUUUCCAACGGAGUCUAGAAAUGAAAUCGUUAAGGUUCUUAUUGUUAAUAUUUACUGCUUCUUCAGGCUUUGUUUUGGCACAAGAUUGUGGGACAUUAGGGGAGAAUUGCGUGGACGACAAACAAUGUUGCGGAGGCUGCUGCAUUGAAAAUUUCUGCACUCAAACAUAUGACAAUUGUCAGCUUGUAACCUAUCCCUGCAUGGAAGAAUAUUGCCCACCCGGUUUCGAGUGUUACAUGUUUCAACCAUCCCGUUUUUGUCAAGGAUGUGGAUUACAAAAAGCAUGUAAACCAUUUAAGGAUCCAGGACCUGGAAAAUUUUAAAAGGACCCAUAAACAAAUUGAUAGUCUAAAAGCCGUCACUGGUUGGAAUUGCUUCCUAACGUUUCGCUAGCACGAGUGGCGAUCUUCUUCAAAGGUGCUUCCAUCUCGAACGCUGGUUGUGGACAGUCCACCUCUGAAAAAGCUCGCCAUUCGUAAGCAAGAAGGAGAAUCGACAACGGCUUUUAGACCCGGGGUCCCCAAUCAAGACAGCUUUGAGCCUACAAUCCUUCGUCAUUCUCUAAAUAUUGUGAUUACCUAAUUAUAAAGUAAUAAGAAAUUUAUUUUCACGUGUUAAUUUUAUAAAUAUAAAACUAAAUGUAAGAUACAAUGUAAGUACAUCUAUGUAUAUAAAUCAUAGAAAUUUGUAAUCAAUAAUGAACACAUUAAAAAAAAAAAAAUAAUAAACUAUAACGUAAAAAUCUA